GUUCCCUCCACGAAUGCGCAUGCGCAGGGUGUGUAGCGGAAGAAAAUAUGUCGGUGGAAGACCCAUUUUUUGUUGUUAAAGGGGAGGUGCAGAAAGCGCUUUCUCGAGCUCGAGGUUUGUUUGACCGAUGGGAGGAACUGUUACAGGACAGCACACAGGUGAGUCGUGAUGAACUGGACUGGAGUACCAAUGAGCUUAGGAACUGUCUGAGGGCCAUCGACUGGGACCUGGAGGACCUCAGUGAGACCAUCAGUAUCGUGGAGUCGAACCCGGGGAAGUUCAAACUGGGUGAGAAUGAACUUCAGGAAAGGAGAAACUUUGUGGAGCAGACCAGGAAAGCUGUGCAGGAGAUGAAGGAGCAGCUGUUCAGCCCUUCAGCUGUGGCUCAGGCAGAGAAGAAGAACAGACAGGCUCUGCUGGGCUCGUCGGGUCAGGACAGAUCGACGGGGCUGGAGGCUCACCUGGUGUCAACAAACUCCAGAUACAUCCAGGAGCAGCAGGAGCAACAACAGCUGAUCAUACAGGAGCAGGACGAGCAGCUGGAGUUGGUGACUGGUAGUAUCCGAGUCCUCAAAGACAUGUCGGGACGCAUCGGAGACGAACUCGACGAGCAGGCUGUCAUGUUGGAGGAUUUUGGGGAAGAGAUGAAUCAGACGUCCUCCCGCAUGGACUCUGUGCUGAAGAAGCUGGAGAAAGUUUCUCACAUGACCAGCAGUCGGAGACAGUGGUGUGCCAUCGGCGUCCUCGUCGUCAUCAUGAUCAUCGUCCUCAUCCUUCUCCUCGUCUGAUCCCGGCGACCUUUGACCUCUUCACUGACACGCACACACUCGUCCCUAUUGGGAUGGACUGGCAGAUGGACAGAUACGAGGUGAGAAAUGUCUCCUCCUCCCCCUCGUCUCUCACCCUGAGGAGCACUCUGUGAGCUGCAGGAGAAACCAGGAGGUAAUACGCCUCCUCCUCCUCCUCCUUUUUCUCCUUUUCUCUGGUUUUAAUGACUCGAGGUGAAGCUGCUGGUGAUUUAUCAGCAGGAGGAACCUCGCUGAGGUCAUUUCACCUUGGUGCAUUUUGGGUAAUGGUUUAAAUUAUUGGGGGGGGGGGCUGCUGUCAUUUUAGACAACAAUAAUAAUAAUAAUAAUGAUAAUGUUGGACUACGAUCAUCUUCAUGUCUCUGAGCUUAUAUGAAAAUGCAACAUUUUUAUCUGCUCACUGACAGAAAUUAAUGAUCAUUGAAUGUCGCUCAUAUAAACAUUACCACAGUUAUAAUAAAAAUGGCUGCCAUCACCACUGCAGGGACACCUGCAGGUGAUUAGUGAUAUUUUUAUAUGAGCUGAGGCUGAAAAGUCAUUUUCAUUUGAGUAACUUGAUGACAAAAAACAAAACCCAAACGUUUCAAAGUUUUCAAUGGAUUUUUCUUAAUAAGAUCAUUUGUCUGGAACAGUUUUUAAAUGGUUUACGUCUUUAAUCUUAUUCAGUAUGCUCUGGUUUGAAACAGUCCUGGGUCAGUGAUAAAGUGGUUUAAAGUGUUUUUGGGGAACCAGGUAUGAGCUCUUUUUGCCUGGUUUCAAACGGCAUUCUACCUGAAAUAAAUGUUGAAUGUUGGUGCUUUGGAUUUUGGAUGGUUUGGUCAAAACAAUGAAUUUUUGAAAAUGUUUGAAUUUGAAAAUCAUUUGCAGCUAAACAGUUUGGUUUUGUUUAUUCUAAAGUAGUUCCGGAUCUUAAAUUUUCACUCAUUUCGCGGGUUGAAAGCACCAGAACCUUCCAGUUUAUUGGUCAGAUUUAGACCACUUGCAGAAAUUUGUGUUCGACUUCUGUAGAUGUGCGUUCUUUGACAACCUUCACAUUGGCUACACAUCACUUAGAAACAUAAAAGACUCUUUCAGACGCCAAUAAGCGAAUACAGUCAGUCAGUAAUGGGAACGUGGGAACAGUUUCCUGACUGAUCUCUUAGAAUGACUCACAAGUGCCAUCUAGUGUCGAGAAUGCAGUGAUUUUUAGUUAUGAUUGAAAUAAGUCUGGAUGGUGUUGAUUGAUGCUGAACUGAUGAAAUCAUAAGAAAACAAAGUUGCUGUUUUUAGAAACAGUCAUUUUGUAAACAGUGUGGCCCAAAUUCCUGUUUGUAGUUGAUAAAUGACAUUCAGAUUUUUAUUAUUAAGACAAACGUCUUGAUGUGACUUUAGGUCAAAUGUAUGUUUAAAAGAAAUCCUGUGCUUGAGCUUCAAGAAACGCUGAAUUCCACUACCAUGUUCAUUUUCAUUUUAUUUCCAAAGGGCCACUAAGUUAGUUACUUUAUGAAGCUGGAGAUUAAACCUGAUUGUGUUUAUAGUUCAUGUGUUCAUAAUACUUUAUCUUUUUCAAACACUGAUAUAUGGCAGUAAUUUCAAAAUAAAAUAACAGACAGUAGCCCGAUGGGGGGGUGUCAGUAUUGCCUUAAAAUAUAUUUUUAUAGAUCUUGUUUGACGCGUAGAACGAGAUGCGAGAAAUUACCAGACAGUUUGCUGUCAGCAUGUUUUGAUCUGUAGAACGCUGAAAUGCCUCUCCUGGAAGGAACGGACUCCUCCACCAGACGUUUGGUUUGCUGCCCUGACUCGGCUCCAGUGUCCAGGAUCGGCCCGGGCUCAGUUUAGCCUCGCUGUGUCUUUAGCGAACUUUUGCCAGCAAGGAGGAGAAGCUAGUAGGCGGGAUGUCUCACAUUUUAAGCUCACAGUGCCCUCUGCUGGCCGUCGUCCUUUUUUUUUUUUUUUUUUUUUUUUUUGUAUAAUGUUGUGUAACGCUGCCCUCUUCAGGCCUUAUUGUGUAUAAACUGUUACUUUGAAUUGUGUAGAUGAGCUUUUACUGUAAAACGCUUGAUGGUGACUAACAGCCACCUGCUCUGUAACACUUCUGUUUGGGUUGUUUGUUUGUUUUUUCAGGUGGGGGGGGGACUCUGACAGUAAUUAAACCUCAGAACAAACUGCAGCACUGAAAGCUGAUCAUCUUCUUUCUACUGAGAAGAAAAAAAACUUAAUACUGAGCAGCAUUUUUAUUUUUAGCAGCUGCCGACUGAUUUAAAUUCUGUCACAUUUCUCACUCGCACAUUGUGUGUGUGUGUGUGUGUUCUUUUACAUUUCAUUUGCAGCUGCUGAAAUCUGCUGCAAAUGAAAUGUAAAAUGUAUUAAAGGUGCACUUUAGGGAUGUGGAAAACGUGGCCCGAUGGAUCCGUGAGCAUCGCCUUCUCGCUGCGUUUAAACACAGCCUUUCAAAACUUUGUGCGUCUCCAAUUAACAACCAUUAAACCAAAAACAAAAAGGCGGAAGUCUAUUCAGCACGAAAGCGCACAAAUACAGCUUAUUUUUCUGUUUGUCUCUGAGCCAAUGGCGUGAUUUAGAGCAUCUAUAAUUGAACUGUUUUUUUUUUAAGCUGUUUCCUGUCUGCAUCACACCACAGUGGAUUUUGUCACGCGUCCCCUUUAGAAAGCACUCAGGACCUCUGCAAGCGGUUUGGCUUUCAGUAGAACUUGAUUCAAA